AUGGCCAGUACAGUAGGAAAGACAAUCACUUGCAAGGCUGCCAUCGCCUGGGAAGCCGGUGCGCCUCUGUCCGUUGAGGAUAUUGAGGUCGCUCCCCCCAAGGCUGGUGAGGUGCGCAUUAAAAUCCACCACACUGGUGUCUGCCAUACCGAUGCCUACACUCUCUCCGGCAAGGACCCAGAGGGUGCCUUUCCCGUUGUCCUCGGUCACGAGGGCGCCGGUAUUGUCGAGUCUAUUGGCGAGGGUGUGACCUCCGUCAAGGUGGGCGACUACGUUGUCGCUCUCUACACCCCUGAAUGCCGCGAGUGCAAGUUCUGCAAGUCUGGCAAGACGAACCUCUGUGGUAAAAUCCGUGCUACCCAGGGUAAGGGUGUUAUGCCGGAUGGUACCUCCCGUUUCAAGGCCCGCGGCAAGGACCUCCUGCACUUCAUGGGCACCUCCACCUUCUCCCAGUACACCGUCGUGGCCGAUAUCUCGGUCGUCGCGGUCACUCCUAAGAUCCCUACCGAUCGGUCCUGUCUGCUCGGCUGCGGUAUCACCACCGGUUACGGUGCUGCUGUCGUGACUGCCAAGGUCGAGGAGGGCUGCAAUGUCGCUGUCUUCGGUGUCGGCUGUGUUGGUCUGUCGGUUGUGCAGGGUGCGGUCAAGAACAAGGCCGGUAUGAUCAUUGCUGUCGAUGUCAACGAUGGAAAAGAGGCCUGGGCUCGCAAGUUCGGCGCUACCCACUUCGUUAACCCCACUAAGCUCUCCGGCAAGACCAUUCAGGAGCACCUGAUUGAGAUGACUGAUGGUGGCUGUGAUUAUACCUUCGACUGUACUGGUAACGUCGGGGUCAUGCGCGCUGCUCUCGAGGCCUGCCACAAGGGCUGGGGUGAGAGCAUUAUCAUCGGUGUUGCUGCUGCUGGUCAGGAGAUCUCCACUCGGCCAUUCCAACUCGUCACAGGCCGUGUCUGGAGGGGAUGUGCCUUUGGUGGUAUCAAGGGUCGUACACAACUGCCCGGUCUCGUCGACGACUACCUCAACGGCGAGCUCAAGGUGGACGAGUUCAUCACUCACCGCCAAUCAUUGGAUGGUAUUAACGCCGCCUUCGAUCAGAUGAAGGAGGGUGACUGUGUUCGUUGCGUCGUCGACAUGCAAUAA